AUGUCGAUGUUCCGUACCGCGAAGGACGUGUGCUUCAGACAUCUCCGCUUCGUCGGACCAGGCCUCGUCGCCGCUGUAGCCUACAUUGACCCCGGAAACUGGGCGACCGAUCUCCAAGCGGGCGCGAACUACGGGUACAAAUUGCUCUUUGUCGUCUUGCUCGCAGGUCUCGCUGCUGUCGUCCUCCAAACUCUAGCGGUCAGGAUAGGAACCAUCACUGCCACUUCGCUCCCUUAUCAAACCCGCCAGCUCUUCCUCCGGCUCGAAGCCAAGUACCCAAAGUACCGCGUACCCCUUCAUUGUUGCCUAUGGGCCUUAUACAUCCUCGCUGAGAUUGCGAUCAUCGGGACGGACCUCGCCGAGUUAAUUGGCAGUGCGGUCGCUCUCAGUUUACUGUUCCCAGCUCUUCCACUAUGGGGCGGGGUCCUAAUCACCGCCGCCGACGUCCUCAUCGUCCUCAUCUUCUUCAACUCGAACGAUGGCCGAAAAGGAAUGCUCUUCUUUGAGAUCCUGAUCGUCACGCUGGUACUGGCGGUCUUUGUGUCAUUCGCGAUCCUCCUGCAUCUCAUAAAGCCAGAAUGGAAAGAGACUCUCGUUGCUCCUGGAGCCACCUACACCUCUAUCGGGAUUAUCGGAGCGACCGUCAUGCCCCACGCGCUAUUCCUCGGCUCAAGUCUCGCCAGUGUCGAUCGACUUGAUAUGGUCCCUCGGUCGCCCAAAGCCCCAUCCGCUAACCGACGACGAUCGCGCGCUCGUAUCUCCUCCUUCCUUCGCUUUGGCAGAAAUGAGAAGGUGUCCGAACAGGAUCCAGAGGGCGAGUACGAGAUGGACCCGGUCGAUAUCCACCGCGUUCACACCCUCACUGGGCUGAACGAAGAGGCGGUCCGACCGCCCGUUACCGGUUCAUCUGCGGGUAUGGUCGAAAGGGCGACCGAGGACGGAAGGCGGGACGACUUUAUGCGCGCGAUGAAGCGGUAUGAGGCCAAGCUGGGGGCAUUCAACCGGAUCAGAUGGGUCGAUUUGCAUCUCAAACACGCUACUGUCGAUACAAUCCUCUCCCUCCUUGGUUUCGCACUCACCAUCAACGCCGCGAUCCUCACUCUGGCCGGAGCGGCGUUCUACUACUCUGACAACGGAGCCGACGCGGACGAUGCAACCCUUCAAGGCGCACACGAUCUGCUUUCCAACUAUGUCGGGCAGGGCGCAGGCCUGAUUUUCGCGCUGGCAUUGCUAUGUGCCGGUCAGAGCGCGAGUAUCACGGCGACGCUGGCGGGUCAGGUUGUUUCUGAGGGGUUUAUCAAUUGGCGCACAUCACCAUUCUGGAGACGGCUCAUCACUCGCCUGAUCGGUGUCAUCCCAGCUGCCGCUGUGGCUGCCGCCGUCGGACCCGCUGGGCUCAACACCAUGCUCGUCGCCAGUCAGGUCCUGCUCAGUAUCGUACUCCCGACGGUCAUCUUCCCGCUUGUAUACCUCUGCAGCAGGGAGGAUUUGAUGACGGUUCACGGACCGGAAAUCGCUCCUGCCUCUGCUCAGCCAUCGGCACCGACCCCGGCACCGGCGGUCAGCCCGAGUGUCGAGGUUCCGGCAUUGACGACACCGGUCGAGUCAGCAGCAGCAGUGGGCGGGACGGAACGGCCAACGAAGAGCUUCAAGACCCCUCGGUGGCAGACGUGGACGGGGUAUGCGCUGUUCGGGGUGAUUGUCCUGGCGAACUGUUAUGUGAUUGUCGAGCUGGGGUUGGGGAAUGCUGGGGGAUAG